AUGCCGCCUCGAAGCGAUAAUCCCAACGACUUUGAAAAAUCUCUGGGUGCCCCAGUUACCAAGUGCACCGGCCUGGCCCCUCUGGCGUGGGCCAAGCAAGUCCACUUUGAUCUCGACUUGACUUGGCAAAAGGGUGCCCCAGAUGGCAAUGUUCGAGAGAUGGUGUUUAUGAAUGAUCAAUUCCCUGGUCCUGAGCUACGAUUAGAACAAGGUGACGAUGUCGAAGUGGUUGUUCACAACAAUCUGCCUUACAAUACCUCACUUCACUUCCAUGGGAUUGAGCAGCGAGGUACACCGUGGUCUGAUGGUGUCCCCGGACUCACCCAGAAGCCAAUUCAGCCAGGUCAUAGUUGGACAUAUAGGUGGAAGGCAACUCAAUAUGGAACCUACUGGUAUCAUGCUCAUGCUCAGGCCGAGCUCAUGGACGGGCUAUAUGGACCCAUCUGGAUCAGUCCGUCUGCCGGAACACCCGAUCCGUUCCAUUUUAUCUCAAGCAAUCCUGCCGAUAUCAACGCAAUGAAGGCCGCAGAGAAGAACCCACAACUUGUUAUGCUGUCUGAUUGGGAUCACCUUACUGCAGCGGAGUAUCAGAAGGCUCAAGAAGAUACUAGUGUCAACAUCAUAUGCUCUGACAGUAUCCUUGUCAACGGUCGCGGGUCCGUGUAUUGUCCGGGCACUGCAAACAUUUCCAGCGUCGAGUUACCGUACCUAAGCACUGCAAUCAACAACCAGCCUUUGACAGAUAAAGGCUGCCUCCCUCCCAUAUAUGAAACUCAAGGCAACUUUCCCACUCACCCAGAGUUACUUCCAGGAGGGUUGAACUCUGCCUGUACCCCUACUGUUGGCCUCCAUGAAAUCAUUGAAGUUGAUCCUCAAGCUGGAUGGGUUAGUCUCAAGCUUAUUAGUGCAGCUGCACUGAAGGCAUUGAUGUUCUCUAUCGAUGAGCACCCAAUGUACAUCUAUGAGGUUGAUGGCGCAUACAUUGAGCCGCAACUUGCAGAGACCUGGACAAGCCCCCCCAAAGACUAUACCAUCCGAAUUCCCGACACACAGGGUGACCAAGUCAUCUCCGGCUUUGCCACUAUGCGAUACAAAGGCUCCGAUAAUACCAGCCCCUCCGCUCCCUAUGUGGACUAUGGUGGCAGAAACACGUCUGCCUCAGUUGUGCCUCUGGAUAACAGAGCUAUUCAACCGUAUCCUCCUGUGUCCGUCCCUCGCCACGCUGAUCAGCUGGUCAACCUGACCCUUGGCCGUUGGGGUUCCUCUUACACUUGGACUGCUUCUGGAGGUCCUCUCUAUGACAUGAUGGCUAAUUGGGAUGACCCUAUUCUGUAUGAUCUGAAUGCAAAGAAGAACCUUGCCAGCCAAGUCACCAUCCAGACUAAGAACGGCACCUGGGUGGACUUGCUUCUUCAGCUAGGCAACAUGCCCAAUACACCAGCCACGCAAGCGCCACAUGUCAUGCAUAAGCACUCCAACAAAGCUUUCAUUCUCGGCGUCGGUCCUGGGAUCUUCAACUGGGCAAGCACUGACCAGGCGAUCGCUCAACACCCCGAAUUCUUUCAGCUGGAUAACCCUCAGAUGAGGGACACAUUUGUCACUCAGGGUGCCAACGGUCCGACUUGGAUGAUCAUCCGAUACCAGGUGGUGAACCCUGGUCCUUUCCUCUUCCACUGUCACAUUGAGACGCACAUGUCCAAUGGCAUGGCGGUCGCUCUGCUCGAUGGUGUUGAUGCAUGGCCACGGGUUCCGGCCGGCGAAGAUCAAAGUCCAGAUGCUGGCCAAUUUUCUGGUCAGGGUGCCAGUCAAAAUCAAGGCGGGGAUCAAGGCCAGGCUUCCGGUCAAGGCCAGACUUCUGAUCAAGACCAAGCUGGGGAUCAAGAAGAGAGUGCGAGUAUGAGUUCGUUCUGGUCUAGCCACGCCCAGACACCCACACCGGGCAGUGGCACGGCAGCUUCAGCUCCCCUCGCGACCCCAAGUGCCCCGCAGACGCCUCGUCAACCAUCUACAACCCCUUCUCAACCUUCUCCUCAAACCCCUCAGUCAACUAAAAGCCCCCUGCCAGCUCCGGCUCAAGCCACCCCUCCCACACCCCCGAAAGCCACACCCGAGAUUGAGGACUAUGGCGAGUGGCACCAGGCUCGCCUUGAACUCAUGAAGCUUAUUGGUCAAAGAAUUUCUGAGCGCGUUGCAGAGUCUGAUCGCGACAUCUAA